AUGUCUGACAACGAUAACAACCCCAACAUCUCGUGGGGUCGCUGCUUCUUCGACAACAGCGGCGAUGAAGCCCCUUCACGAUAUAUCCCUUGCGGCAACGCCAACUUCGGACAUGUCGCGUGCUGCGAGAGCCAGGACAUGUGCCUGUCAUCUAAUGCUUGCUAUAACGGUCAAUUCGGAGUGACCUACCUCUCAGGCUGCACCGACCAAGCCUACGAUGAUCAGACAUGUCCGGACAAGGGAGAGUAUUUUGAUGAUGCCUGGGUGGGGCUCUCUUACUGCAACGGCACCUCAAACGAAUGGGUUGUCUGCGAAGCCAACCGAGGUACCAGUACGGUCACCAAAGCCGAACCUUGCUGGUGUCCAUUGACUUCGCGUACGGUCGCGUUCAGCGAUGCAUCCCGACUCGCUGAUGUGGUCAGUCUCGGCACUGCAACCGGAGAGGCAAUUACCUGGAAAGGAAAUCAUGAGCCUAGUUCACUGGUGCCCUCUACAGUUACCGAGACCGACAGCAUAUCGUUCAGUCAUAUUACCCCUUCAAGCACCACUACAAGUCCAAUCUAUACACGAGCGACUGCUGCCAGCUCGACAUCAUCAUCAGCUGUGACCUCCAUCGCACCUCCUUCGAGCUUCGACAAUGUCACCAAUCCUGAGGCUGACGGACUGAGCGCUGGGGUAAAAGCGGGCAUAGGCGUAGGGGCAGGACUCGGCGGCAUUGCGCUCCUGGGCAUAUUCUUUGCGCUCUGUCGUCGGUAUGAAAGCAGAAGGAACCAAAACCCAGGCGGCGACAAACCCCAGCCAGCCAGUGCACAGCCAUUACCGCUUUACAGCAACCAUGCCCAAGGUUAUAACGACGAUCUGCAGAGUCCAGCUUGGUCGGGUCACAAGUCGGAGCUCGAUGCGGUCGGCACAGCCUCCCCUUCACCAAGGAAUGCCGAUUUUAGCAACGUCAAACCCGAAGUCGAAGGUAGCCCAGCUGUUGGCAGUCCCGGGCGACCCUUGACGAAUGGUGGGUUCGAGAUGCCACGCCAGAAAGGUCCUGUGUACGAGAUGCCAGGUUGA